AUGACCGAGAAGACGGGCGCCAAGGUAGAUAUGGCACCAGGGCAAGGAGAAGAUGUCCAGCGUGUGGAACCGCUGUGUUAUGAGCCCAGUAUGGAGGAAGGCAAACUGAAGAACCUGAAAGAUGCAGACGUAGCUCUGCAGUAUGUGUACAACGUCAACGCCACACCGAUCGAUGCGGAGACCGACAAGCGCAUCAGGCGUACCAUCGACUGGCACAUCCUUCCUUGGAUGUUUGGUAUUUACCUUCUUCAAUACCUGGACAAGACAACCCUGAGUUACGCGGCAAUCAUGGGAAUUCGGUCCGACUUGAACAUUGCGAGCGGCCAGUAUGCUUGGGCCGGCUCAGUCUUCUAUUUCGGUUAUCUCGCCUUCGAAUAUCCGCAUAACCGUCUUAUGCAAAGGCUUCCACUCAUGAAAUAUGUGUCAGUCACAGUGUUCUUCUGGGGCCUUACACUUUGCCUUCAUGCUGCAACCACCAGCUUUGCAACCCUCAUGGUCGCCCGUUUCUUUCUUGGAGCCUUUGAGGGGUCCGUCACGGCCGGCUUCAUUCUCAUGACAGCAAGGUGGUACCGUGCCGAGGAACAAGUAACCAGGACCUCCUACUGGUUUUGUGCAAACGGAUUUGCUCAGAUCGUUGGUGGUGCCGUGGCUUAUGGAGUUGCUCGUGGGUUCGCAGACAACCCGAGCAUCACUUUCCCCAGCUGGAAAGUGAUCUUCAUCAUUACAGGGAUCAUCACCGCCCUCUAUAGCGUUGGGAUGUAUUUCUUCCUUCCAGACUCACCUAUCAACGCCAAAUGGUUGAGCGAAACCGAUCGCGCUAUCGCAGUCGAGAGACUUCGAGGCAACCAGCAGGGUUUGGGAAGCAAGACUUUCAAAUGGUAUCAGUUCCGUGAAGCACUCACUGACCCCAAGUCCUGGCUUUACUGCCUUUUUGCUUGCACUUCCAUGAUCCCACCGGGUGGUCUGACUGUGUUCUUCACUUUGCUCAUCCAAGGAUACGGAUUCGACUCCACUACCACCCUACUUGUGUCGAUGCCCAGUGGGGCUGUUGAAGUCUGGUCGACCCUGUUUUUCCCUUGGCUAGCCUACAAGAUGAGAAACGGCAUGCUCUCAGCGUGUCUGUCUAUGCUCCUCGGAUUAUUCGCCAUCGCCUUGAUGACCGGGCUUGCCAGAGACGGGCCAACCGCACAUCGGAUAGGCCAACUGGUUGGCUACUACAUCCUGCUGGGCAACUCAGCCACAUCUCUACUUAUCAUCUUCAGCAGUAUCUCUUCCAACGUUGCGGGCUACACCAAGAAAACCACUGUCAACGCGAUGAUGUUGAUUGCCUAUUGUGUCGGUUUCAUCAUCGGUCCACAGACCUUCCGGGAUGGGCCCUACUACACCAACGCCAAGUACGACACUAUUGCUCAGUUGUUUGUCGCACUAGCAUGCUGUGUCGCUCUGCUCUACCUUUACAAGCGUGACAACGCCAGGCGCGACGCUCUCAACCUUCCACCGCAGCCCGCAGGUCAAGAAUUCCUUGAUCUCACCGACAACGAGAACAAAUACUUCCGGUACACCGUUUGA